CUUCCGCGCGGCACGGCCCGCCGGACCGCCGCCCGCUGCCCGGCCUCUGCCGGCACCCCGUGGGGAGGGCUCGCGGCAGCGCCCUAGAGGACCGGCCCUCCCCUGGGUGACCUCCACGGCAGGCAGAGCCGGCCGGGCACCGCGGUGGCUGAGCGCUUUCCGCAGCCGUUUGUCUCCUGUCUCUUCCCGUUCGCAUGAGCAGCUGCUGCUGCGCAGCCCCUUCCCCGCCCGCCAAGGCGGCGUCGCCUCCUCCUCGCAGCUUCGAGCAGCGCGGCCCGACUUACAAAGCUGAAGAAUCACAAGCUGAAAUGAGUAACCAAGAGACUGAUGUGCUACGUUGCUGGAGAUGUAGAAAAUACAUAGCAAAUUCUGUUUGCCUUGCAAAAUGUUAUGGAAAAGAGCCAUCUGAUAUAUCACGGCAUCCAGCUGUUGCUCAGGAGUCUUGCAACAUUUGGCAUGUGAGCUUAGAAGCUAUACCAGAGUGGGUUAAAUGCGUCAUUGAGAAGGCACAGUGGACCGUUGGAAAACUGCACUGUCCAUUUUGUGAGGCCCGUUUAGGGGGCUUUAACUUUGUUUGCAACACAAAAUGCUCCUGUGGACAGCUAGUAAAUAUACAUUUCUGCAAAAGUCGGACUGAUUAUCAAGCAGCUCGCUCUAUUAGAUUGGCAAAGUCAGCAGGAAAAUGCUUACCUCUCUGUGAAAUUAAGUCUGGUUUUAGCAAGAAUAGCUGCCAUGAAAUGGUAACAGAAGUUUCAGAUACCAGCCCCCAAGGGCUUUCAUACAUCACCAGAAAGAAUAACGAUACUGAAAGAUUUACAGAAGCACUUUGUCUAGAAGUAAGAUCUCCCAGAUUUGUGAUGGACAGUAAAAAAUUUCCCUUGAAGGCAUUAAAUCAAAAAGGAAAUCUUUUUGCUUCCUGUCUGAAUGACGCAUGCACACUAAAACCUUUUCACAGAAGAUCACACAGUUUGGAUUUAAAUAUCACACAGAGACUUGCUUUGUCACCUGUGUUAUUUGAAACUUCCAGUAUGGGACCAGUUUACCACAUGAAAUGGUCAAAUGGCCAGAAUGAAAAUCCAUCACUUUAUACACCAGGUGACCUGCAAUUAGAGUCUAAUAAUAGUGCUUUUCAGGUCCAACAUAGUUCCAGUGCUGGCAAACUACAAAAAAGGUUUCGAGCUAUGUCCUGUACCACAUUGGUACACAGAGAUAUGGAAAGUGAUGAAUGUGGUUUUGAAGCUACUGGACAAUCUUCUGGGAAUGCCAUUGCUGAUGAGUCACCUUUUCUGUUGAACACUGCUUCAUCUGCAAGAGCUGUAGAAGAGGAACAGUAUAUUGCACCUGAGAGUCCCAUACAGUCUACAAGUAUUUCUUUCAACCAAAAUCUGAGUAAGAGAGAAAAAAACAAGUUGAAAAGCAUAAGGAGAAAACAAAGGCAGCGAGAACAGUGGCUACAGAAGCAAACUGCAAAUGAUAAUCUGCAUACAGACGAUGAGCCUGAACUCAGAGGAGAUAAGGAAAGCUAUCUCUGUGCAGUGUGCCUGGAUGUUUAUUUCAAUCCUUACAUGUGUUACCCAUGCCACCAUAUCUUUUGUGAACCCUGCUUAAGAAUGCUUGCCAAAGACAAUCCAACCAGCACUCCGUGUCCACUGUGUCGCACUACAAUUGCCAGAGUUUUUUUCCAAACAGAACUGAACAACUCUACAAAGUCUUUUUUCCCUACGGAAUAUUUGAAGUUACAAGAAAGUUUUCAAAAAUCUAAUUCUGCAAAAUGGCCUCUACCAAGCUGCAAGAAAGCUUUCAGAGUUUUUGAAGCAGGUUUUCGAAGACGCUCAGAUACUGUAACAAGGAGACAUUUCCCACAUGCUGCUCACAGAAUGGACUAUAUGGACUUUGAAGAUGAUAGUCGUGGAUGGCGGUUUGAUAUGGACAUGGUGAUAAUCUACAUUUAUUCAGUCAACUGGGUAAUAGGAUUUAUUGUGUUCUGUUUUCUUUGCUAUUUCUUUUUCCCUUUCUAGUCUGUAGAGACCACAGCUAAGGAAGACUGUGAACCACGAUAAUGUGAAUAGAAAACAACUGAAGAAGGAGAAAUGUUCGAUGUUGCAUUUUUGUCAUUCAAAACUGCAUCAGACUGCUUCAAGCAUGCUAUUAUGCUUUUUGAUGCUUCUGCUAUGUAUGACAAAGUACUCAAGUUUGGUUCCAGAUGUAAUGCGUGUUCCAGAUAAUUCUUCUUUCAGUGGCCAUUUUACCUUAUUUUGGAUGGGAACAGGACUUUACUCCUAAUGUAUAAAAUAUUUACUCAGUAGAAUUACACAUUACUGUUUGUUCUUAGAGGAGUUCAAGUAUGUGCUACGAUAAAAAAUAACCCAUACAGUCAUGCUUAGGGUUGAUACUGUAUUAACAAAAUUUGUAAAUAAGUCAUUUCACUCAUUGGUGCUUCAAUUGCUUGUGUAUAAAAAACAAUAAAGGCAGUUGCUAUAUAUAAUCAGAUUUGUUGGGGAUAGUAGAUUUUAAGCACUGCACUAUGUAAUAUAUAAAUAUUUACCAGAGUAAUUUCACUGGCAUUAUCCAAAUUCCUGAAAGCUUUGACAACUGAUAGACCUGUCAGCUUUCUGUUGUGGGGAUAUACUAUACUCAGUGCCUGAAAUCUAGAGCCUAUAAACCAAAAAGAAAAAUGACACUGCGCAGCAUUUGAUAAGUUUGUCUUUUCAGCAAAUGGCAAUCAUAAGGAAUCAACUAACAACUCGAGAUCUGCACACUGAAGGAACUUUUUCUGUGCAGAUUCCCAGAGCAGCACUGUACCUUUAGUAGACAUUCAGAUGACUGCAUACAGAUCCAGCAACAGAGUUAAUGGGGGCGGGCAGCGUGCCUGCAGCUGUGUGCUCUGAGACACUAACUCCAGUAAAUAAUGGAGGAAUAACAGAAAGUGGAGCAUUCUCUUGUACUAAUUCAGUCUGUGCAUGACUGAAUGACUAUUAAACUACCGUAACAAUUUGAGGAUACUGUUUAAGUGGGGGCUCACCAGUACUAUGUCUCCAGGGAGACCAUGUAGGACGACACAGCGUUUAUGUGCACCUUUCAUGUAAAAGAAUUAUAAAGCACUUUAUAUCUAUUCCAUGUGGAUGUUGCUGACUUUCAGUACCAAACCGUACACAGGUCAGCAAUAAGUCUGUACUUGCUACUUUACACAGUAUUUUCAAAUGAAAGUGAAACUAAAUUACAGAGAGAAUAUUUGAAACUAUUAUGAAAAUCAAAUGCUGAAUAAUGAUACAAGGUAGCUGAAGGGUUUACUUUUCAGGAAGGUACAAGGAAGUUCUUGUUUCUAAUGGCAUGAUCCUACAAGUACACUGUGGUUUGAUCUAAAUAGCAUUUGUGUUGUAACUGUGGUAUCAGGGUUUGUGUGGGAGACCUGUGUUUUUCUCAGUAGGUGGCAUACUCCCCUGUUCUAAACAAGAACAAGGAGAAAUGUGUAACAGAAGGUGCCAUCUGUCAAAUGUUAUGGAAUGAAACCAGAGGCUUUAUCAGUGUGCUUAACAUUAAACAUGUGCUUAUGCUUCUUUGCUGAGCAUAGCCAACAUGCUCAGUAUCUUAUUGGUCAUAAAGAGAUCAGGACCAGAAACUUUGACAUAAUCUCAAAAACAGCUGUAAAUCAGCUGCUUAUAUUUCAUUUUCUUACAGGCUGCAUAAAACAAUUUCUUUGUAUGUUUGAGAAUAUAUAUGUAGAAUUCAAAAUUACAAGUCUGAACACACUGAGAUAAAUGCCUGUUGCCAUCAUAUUUAAUACCUGCAAACUCAAGAAGGUAAAAUAAUUGAGAUUAACUAUCAUAUGUGGCUGUGACCAUGACAGAAAUAUAUUUUCAGUAAUUGCAUUAUACCUAGUUACAUUAUCUCUAUUUAAAAAUGAUUGGCUUUAUUAAUGGUGGUGUAGGCAUAAAAUUUUAAAAGCUUUUUAAGGUUAUAAGAAAGCACUUGGUAAAUGUCCUUCUCUAUACAAAUGCAGGUAAAUCUUUAAAAAUUUGGAGUGUUUUAAGGCAUGGGCUCCUGUUUUGCUACAUGCAUAUGUGUAGGUCUGUAUGCUGAAAUGCUAUCAGUAAUUUUUAGAAGUUUUCUAUUCCAGGACUGAGAUUCUAACCAUUUUUUAUUUGUCUCUAAUGUUAUGAACUUCAUGCUCCUCUCUCCACGAAGAGAGGACAAAUCUACCUGUUAAGCCAAAAUUGCUUCUACCUUUUAUCUCAGAAAAUACUAAAAUAAAGAGAUAUGUAGUGAAAAAAAAAUCUUUAAUUUAAAUGACAUAGUCUGAAAUUUCAGUAAUAAUUUAAACUAAAAUGGUAUAACCAGGAUAUCUGCUGUAGCAAUAUCCUUAAGGAAGUAUUUCAAAAUAUAUUGAGACAUAAAAAACUUAGUAUAGAUACUAACUAAUUAUAUAAGAAAGAGUUACUUAUAUCAUUUUUAGUAGCAGGUUAUGAUGAAUUAUUUCUGAAAAGGGCAACAAGAAGAGGCAAAAAUCCAAUCUAAUAUUGGCCCCAUAAAGCAAAAGUUGGUAACUGAGGGGUGGCUGCAUUUUCCUCAUUUGAGUAGAAGGGACAGUUCAGUGUGGCAUUCCCAACUGUGCAGCAGCACCUUCCUUUGAGGCCUAAACAGUGAAGUCUCUCUUGAGCUGUACUAUUUUACUUCAUAUUGUUUGUUAUUAAUUCCAGGUAAUUUUUUUUUUUUUUAAGUUUUAUAAAUUACUGUUGCAACUUUGAGACAUCCUCCAUAGGGAACAAGAAGUGGUAGGCGUAGAAAAAAAGGUAAAUUUUUUGUGUUUUAUUGAUUUUGUGAGAUAAAUUCUUUUGUAAAAAUACAUUGAAAAUUAAAAGGUUUGAAUCUGGUUUUCAUCAAAGACUGUCUGUAAAGUGAGGUUGAUAUCUGUGGGACCAAUUUUCUGGUUAAGUUGAUCCUGCACUUCAAUCUUGUCUUUCUUAUCUGCAGUGAUAUUACAAUGUUUGCAAUAAAAUUUGAGUUGUUUGUAAUAUUUUGCAGCCAUUCAGUAGCUUUUCCUUGGUGGAAUUAAAUUUUAAUAGUUUUUUUCUAUCAGUG